AUGUCCUCACCGACGUCCAGACGAAAUAGUUGCCGUGCAGUUGUGUGUGGAAACCGGGCAUCAUCUGAGGGCCACGUCCGGCGCCGGGGCUCCAGCUGCUCUUACUUUUCCUCUGGAGCGCAAACUGAAGAGUUUCCUGUCAGUCUGAGCCAGCCGAUGUUCACCAUAACGCUCCGCUUUUUGCUGGCGAUAGAUCUGUGGCUGUCCAAGCGGCUCGGAGUGUGCGCCUGCGAGGAGUCUCCAUGGGGCAGCAUACGGCCGCUGGUGCGGCUGGUGGAGUUCUCUGGGCAUGUCAUCCCCUGGCUCAUCGGCACCGUGUACACUCUGCUCCGGGGAGAGAGCGCGGCGGAGCAGGAGGUCAUGCUGAACUUGGCUCUGGCUCUGUUGUUGGACCUGCUGUUGGUCAGAGUUGUGAAGACUCUGGUCAGACGUCGCAGGCCUGCCCAGAACCGCUCCGACAUCUUCUCCACCUUCUUUGUGGAGCGCUACUCCUUCCCCUCGGGCCACGCCACACGGGCGGCCAUGUGCGCCAGGUUCCUCCUAGCCCAGCUGGUGGACACGGCCUCCAUGCGCGUCCUGGUGGUUGGUUGGGCCGCCCUGGUGAGCCUGUCCCGGCUGCUGCUCGCCAGACACUAUGUGACGGAUGUGGGCUUUGGCUUGGCAAUGGGCUACUGCCACUACAGUCUAGUGGAAAGGUUGUGGGUGACCUGGGACUGCCUGCAGGACCUACUGCUCAUGCGGCUGAGAGAGAGACUCAGCAGGGUUUAUGGUGGACUCUGGAUGGCUGAUUGGAAACUCUAG